GAGAAUCAGAGAGAGUUUGCAGACCUGUGUCGUAGAACCAUACUGGUCUAGUCUGGCUGGUCAAGUCCAAGUAGAGAGAGAAACAGAGGGGGGUGAAGGCAGCUAGACCUCAGCACCUGUCCUGUCUUAUCCAGGCAGGCAAAAAUCUGUGUUCUACUACAUCAGGAUUCUGGACUUUUCUGUUAAAAAAUGUCCAAGCAGCCAUCGUCCAACGUCAAAGCCUUGCAGGCCAACCUUAAUAUCCCGAUGGGCGCUCUGCGUCCGGGGGCGGGACAUCCUAUAAAGAGGAGAGAGGACACAGUAGAGGCAGAAGAGAUGCCCCCUCAGGAGUCCCAAAGCAGUCCUGAGGAAAAGAAGCAGCUGCCAGGAGCGGUCAAGCUCCCUGGUCCUGCCGUCAACCUCUCCGAGAUCCAGAACGUCAAGAGCGAACUCAGAUGGGUCACUAAGGACUAGAUGCAAGGAUCCCCUGCUCCCUGCCCUGAAGAAACACAUGGACUGAGCUACUCUGGGUCCCAGACCUGCACCCACACAGACAGCCCUUUCCUGCUCAACUACUGUAUCGCCCAAGUGCACACACACACACACACAUGCACACACACGCACACAUGCACACACGCAUGCAAACACACACACACACACACACACACACGCACACACAACAACAACCAGUAGUGGUAGUGCCAAGACAGUAUCUUGGCAAAACGUUUGAUGAUACCAAUAAAGAUCAAGCCUGUUUAUUAGAGGCAUCAGAUGGGCCUGUGGAGAAUUGACCAGCUGUUGACCACCUGUGGAGAAUUGACUACCUGUGGGAGGAACCAAAACAAGCGCAAGCCCCAAGACCUGGCCACAACGGGACUGUGGAAGACCUUCAACGGGGGGCAGAUCCUUUGCUCUGAAAGACUGACCAGGGGAGAGGAGGAGCAAGCACACACACACACACACAUACACACACACACACACACACACACACACACACACACACAUCAUACACACAUAACACACUGUUACAAAUGUCAUCUCUGUUUCUCAUAGAGUAUGUCCGUUGGCUUUCUGUUACGCACUUGCAAUCUGCUGUUCCUGAUGCCACACACUGGUCUUGGGAAAUCUGACCUUUAAAAGUGUGGUGUUUGGUUGUGCUGGUGAGCAUGAGGAUCAUGUAUUAGGACUGGUUUUAGAGUCUAAGUCACUUAAGUUCUGUGUGCGUGUGUGUGUUUGUUUUGUUUGUGUUUCUUUGACUACUGUGUUGUAUUCACUCAGAUAAUCUACUUUCAAGUCUGACAAAUGAUCUAUUGUAUGCAUCCUAAAGCUGACGAAGUUGUAGUCAACAAACUCACCUUCGAUGAAUGUGACUCAAAAAAAAAAGAUGGAAGUUUU